UAGGCUCCCAUCCCGAGAGCCCCUAUCUCCGCUCUUCUGCCCCCCUUUCGUUGCAGCCGUGACCAGCAGGAGGAGCGGCGAGAUCUCCAUUUCCGCAGGCACCACUGCAGCGUCGCGCGCCCUCCCCCCUGCAGAUCUUGAUUUUUAAGGAUGGUGUGGUAGCCAGGAUUUGUUUUCCACAGUGGCUGCAAUACUUCUAACAUGGCUGACAGACAGCAUGAUAAGACAACUUUUGCGACUAAACUCACACUGCCAAAAUUUAUGGCUGUUGCUGUUCGUUUAACACUUGAACAGCAAAAGCUUGUUCGGAGCAUGGAUUUUGAGAAUGUUUUGGAUAUCGCAUGUGACACGCUGCCACGCGGUGUUGCUCUGUGGAUGGCCGGUUAUUUCAAUGUACACACUAGGACUUUUGAACUGCCUAAUGGGCUAAAAAUCCAUGUGACACCAUUCUGUAUGCACCAAAUAUUAGGUAUCCCAUUGGGAGGAAGAAAAGUUGAGAAGUGCACUGCUCAGAUGCGAACUUUAAUUGCCGAGCAAACCAACUGCAAAGGAAACUUUCCCACCAUAGCAGAGCUAGAGAAGAUGAUUACCCCAGGCCUAGGUGGUGAUUUGUUCAAAAGAGUGUUCCUUAUGUUCGUGCUUGCUACAUUUAUCUGCCCUUCAAGUCAUGGAGCAGCUAGUCCCGAGUACUAUCACGCCCUUGAAGAUCCAGAUAAUAUAGCUUCAUUCGAUUGGUGUACAGCAGCACUAGACAAGCUUGUGCUAUCAAUUGAAAAUUGGCAGAAAGCCGGCACAUCGGUACUAGGCGGAAAUCUGCUAUCAAUUGUGAUCUUGUAUUUCGAGUUUAUAGACAUCAAUAUAAUGAAAGCGACAACUACCUUGCCACGCCUCUCUCUAUGGACAACUCAGAUGAUAUCUGAAUAUGAAAGGAUGGACUGUAUGAGCUUCCCUCUGCAAAUUUAUGGAAAGCUACCGGUGAAGGAUGUGUCUCAAACACCAUUCAGCAUGGACAUCUUGAAUAGGAACAUUCUGCUUCAAGGCAAUUCCUACCGUGAGUUCCAACAAUUCAUCAUGUCAGCUGUGCCACAGCAGAACCAGAAGAUGGUUAUAAAUGAGAUUCCGAGGAUAAUGGACAAUCUCUAUACAGAGAUUUUAGCAUCAAUUCAACCAGUUGUAACCAAGAAUAUAAUUCAGAUGGUGAAACUGUUUUCAUCUGCUGCAGCCGCACUCCCAGCUGAAGACCCAGCUCAACAUGCUGAAACUAUGGCCAACCUAAACGAAAUCAAGACACCUAUGAAGCCUUGGUGCUCUCAUUCGUCAGCUUUUGAAACACCAGGCGUCUCAAGUGCAGAAAAUGCCAUCAUCCAAUCAAAUUCUCAGCCCAGGGUGGAAAGUGCAAAACAGGAAGCAAUGCAUCUUAAUACACAGCCUGGGGUGGAAGCAAUGGAACAUGAAUUAGUGCAGCUACCAAAAUCAACAAGUCUUAAAGACACAUCAGUCGGUUCGUUAGACAAAAAGGAUACAAGCCUGACAACAAACAUUUUGGAUGAUUUGAUGAAAGAGUCUGUCCAAUUGCCAGAAAUAAGAAGCGAAGAACUGUGUAAGUUAGAUAAUGAAUAUUCCAUCAUUCCAGACCUGGGGAACCUUAUUCAUUUCUGUGAUGAAAUACCAGUUCCUGUUUGUUUGGAUCUGCCUCCACCAAACCGUGAGAUUAUUGAUUCAAUGCUACCAGAGAGAAUUGACAUCACGAUGAGUCAUACUGAAAGUUCAGAAUCAUUUAAUCUAGCUUCUUAUGUGUCUCUGGAUACACAGUGCUAUUGGGAAUCUCAUUGGGAAAGGAGAAAUGCAGAAGGAAUAGGAGCAUCAAGGAUAGACAAGACUGAGCUUUUCCCAGGAUGCAAAGAAGCAAGCUGUGAUUUAGACAGUUCGUUUGAUGGCCAAAAAGAAUCACUGCAGCAUGGCAGUACAAGCACCAAGGCAUGUACUGUAAAGGACAGAAAAAGGUCAACAUGUGUCUCUCUCAACGAGAUGAGCGCUUCAUGCAUUGCACCAAAGAAGAGGAUAAAAAUGUUCGAGGGAAACGAUGCAACACCCACUGAACUUGUCUCAAACAAAGCAUCAACACCUUUUGGUCAUAAUGUGGUUGAUGACUCCUGGAAUGAUGAAGAGACGAUGAGUGAAAUCUUGAAAUCCUCAGACUUGCUUGCGAAAGAGUACUAUGCACAAAAACAAUUAGCACGCCAGCCAGCCAAGGAAUUCAAAUAUCUGAAAUAAGUCCAAGCAAUAUACACUGCAACUUCAGCUCUAAUGCUGUGGAAAAGGAUGUCUAUAAUGAUAUUAUUGAACGGAUACCAUAUCGCAACAGGAGGCUUUGUUCCAGAAGGCUUUUGAAAUCCAGCUGCAUUGUCCAUACAUCUGACUGAACAGAUACUACUUGACGGGUUGUCGACUUGGCGGCAUUGAUAUGAUACUACUACCACUGUCCACAUAUGGCUUUUGGUAUCUCAUGGUUGCAAACUUCAGGAAAAAGGUCUUUGAGAUUUUGCACCCAAAUAACAAGAUUGAUCUCAUUUGUGAUGAAGCAAACACGGUUGUUAGGAACUUCAAGAACGCUUUUAGGAUAGCCAACCCAAGAGCUCAAGUCAAUGUUUUUGACAUGGACACAAAGUUCCGCAGUGUUUCAUACUCAAUAAAAGAGGCUGAUAGCGGUAUUUUUGUCAUGAAACUUAUCCAAAGCCAUGAUGGAGAUACUAUUUUAUGUUUUGAGCCAGAAAAGGCAAAGGCAUUACAGGAAAUGCUAACAUAUUACCUGAUUGCGCAUCCAUGUAAUGAGUGUUUGAUGCCAGAAACAAAGGAAAUCCUGUCUAAGCAUAAUGUUCCUUUUGAUUACAAGACACCAGGCUAUUCCCCAUGGACAUAGGGGGGGGGGGGGGGACAUUUUUUAUGAAGUCAAACUUUUUGAGAAACUGAAGGGUCGGAGAUAGCACAUUCAGUUCCUAGACAUUGCAAAAUUUUAUUACUGAUAUGGGUUAACAUAGCUUAUGAUUCAUGGCAAAACACAUGCGGAUCCCUUUUUCAUAUGUCAGAUUUUUAUUUCUUUUCGGUAGAAACCAUCAAAUACUUUGCGAUGUGUCUGUUUGUUUGUCUCUCAAAACAGCAGGGUUUGCCCUUAUAAAUCUGGAAGUUCUAUGUCAGUUUUCAAAAAAGUUUGAAUA